AUGAGGGUAGAUCACAGGAGCAAGCAGCACAACUGGUUUGCAAGUAUUGUUGUUUUUGAGAGGAUUGACUUCAGCCACUUGGACAAUGUCAGGCCACUUGGUGACAUUCAGAAUUUUCCGAAUGAGAAUUACCUCCUUACCUCAGAGAAAAUCAAGAAACUCCAGUCAGACUUCAAAGUUCUUGUGGGGAGAAUCUUUUUAGAAUUCUUCAAACAACCUCAAUUUGCAGCAGUUAAGAAGCUGGUACCACAGUACAUUCUGCACAGGUACACUAACGAAAUGAGCUCGAAGUCAGAAGUGUUUCCACUGCCAAUUCAAUUCAAAGAUGAAAAAAAAUAUGCAGAUGUGGUAGACAUCUUGGCUAGCCAUGAAGCCACAUUUGAAACAAUAUUUAAAGCAGCUACAGAUAAUGAAGGUCCUGAACAAGAAACCUACAUCCCAGCUGACUUUAACUGUCCAUCUGGUGGCGAUCAGUUGACAAGAGUGCGUUUUACGUAUGGGCGUAAACUAAGGGCUGGAGCUCACACUUCUAAGGACCGACUGGAACAUUCUCAGCCUGAUGUUAUAGAGCUCUUUCAUACAAAGCAAGCAUUCUUAACUGUAAGUACAGCUAUGCAACAUAUGUAAUAUAUGUGGUGACUGCAAGACUUACGUACUAUAAUUAUUUAAUCUAGUCCUUUUCUGUUCAACAACUGUUGAGCAUACAAGAACAAACUGGAUUUAUUAAAUCUGGCUGCCUAUGACACACUUGAUCAGAAAAGACAGUUGAAUUCUUUAAGUUUCCUAAUACUAUAUCUAUAUUGUAAAUAUGAUAGUAAUAAUCAUCUCUUCUUCACAUAAAUAUAUAAAACAAAGCAGAGUUUAAUCAAAAGCUCUUUUAUACAAAACAGUUCUUAACACAUUGAAUAAAAAGGCUGAGGGACAUUUCAUAGCCCACUUUUCAAUUGUGGAGUUUGGAGUCUACUUGGCAAAAUAAAAUGCAUAAUUUAAAUAACAAUAAUUGUUAUUGUUUUGUAUUUAUUUUCAGCUCAUUAAUGAUGUCCUGAUGAACCAGAAUUCAACACGUGAAAUUGGUACACUGAAGAAUUUUAGAGAGCGUAUUAUGCGCUACAAUGUUCCAACAACUGUCAAAAACAACCCUGAUGCAUAUGAGGAGUUCUUUGUGUCAGUUGGAAGGGCUUACUUAGUGGAAGCUUUCCUAGAAUUCUUUGGUAUGGAAAACACUAAAAGUGAGCCUACAAAAAAUUUGCCCGAACAAAAUGCAAGCUUGGAGGCAAAGAAGGAACACUUUGAUAAGGUGCUUGGGAAGUUUGUUGACUACCAUGUUUUCCACUUGGGUGUGACAGUCGAUGACAAAGUCCAGAAUUAUGGCCUCUCUUUGAUUGAACUGUUCAUAGUUCUUAUGCAACUGAAUGACACAAUUCAUGAAGGUGAUGGAGAUAGAAGUGUUAUUAAUUGGAAAUACCUUUUCAGGGCUCGAAAUUGCGACUGA